CGGUCCAUUUUGCUCACAUGCAGGCAGUUGUAGUCCAGGGGCAAUUGCGGAAGAACAUACUGGGAGCGAAUGAAAUGUUACGCGCUGUCAACGAUUGGACCGAAGAGGUAAAAGUCGAGGACGACGCCCUUCUCCGUGAAGGAUGCGUUGUUCUAGGAUCCAACCAAGGCGAACGGUCUAGGGCGGUCGGCGAACGGCCACCUGGCAAACUCAGGGAUUCCACUAGUCCUCAACAUGUGCCUGGCGAGGACGCCAACGCGAUAUUCGUUAAUGGGAAUCUUAUCCGUCCUGUGCGGAACAAACAAUCACGUUGCCACCUGGCAAGUGCUCGUCAAUCGCAGCGGUCGGCUUGCCUACAAACAAGUGAAACAUUCACUGAUCGUGCGCUUCGCUCCGUCAAGUCAGGCGACUGGGUCGACGCAGAGGUAAACUGCAAUGAAGCCUUGGAACUUAACCGACGAUGCAUGAAGGCAUACAAAUUACGAGGGAUGUGCAGGAGACAGCUGGGAAUUCUCCCUCGGUCAAUGUCAGACUUUGAGCGAGCUCUUAGGUUGGAGCCGAAAUGCUAUUCAUUGGCGAGAGAGCGCGACAACUGUAGAUCGGAGCUCGAAAAAACUGAAAAUGUGCUUCCAUCAGUGUUACGCAUCGUCGCAGUAAGGAACUUGAGAUAAUAAUCGCGGAAGCAAGAAUUCAGUCGACCGAGAAAAAUAGGUCCAAAAUAAUCCACUCAACAUAUCAUAUCAUAUCAUAUGAGGUAUCAUCAGAUACUUGUAGAGGGAGAAGGUGUGGCUACGCUCACACUUGAUAUUUUUGUACCUUCGUAAGUGUUAAUUAAGCGCAUCGACCAUAUAUCUAAUACUUAUCUAAUGCUAAAUAUAU